AACGUCGUUGGUGAUCUGAUCUGUGUUUCCGUGUUAGUGUGAGGUCACCGCUGCUGCUCAAAGGUUGGAUCAUGGCCUUCUUUGGAAGGCCGGUUCCUUAUCUGCAGAACUGAAACGGGACGUCCCAUCAGAACCAGCCGGUGCUGCCGUCUUCACGCAGAACUGUUCAGGGGGGACCAGCAGGUUCUGGAGAAGUUGGUCUUCCCUGCAGGAGGAGGGGUCCAAAGUGAGAGUUUCUGUCUGCACGUGUGUUUGGACCUAAGAUAAGGCCAGCUGGGGGGGGGGCUGGAGGUCCAUUUUUAGACACAGGAGGGGUGGAUGACGCGACGCAGCUGCGCCUGCAGAGGCGGCUGGCGCUCACGGCGACGGUUCCUGCUGCAGGAACUCAGUUGGACCUUCAGGCUGAAGCUGCCCCUCACUGCCCGUCAGAUUUGCUCCCUGGUGGGGGGGACGGCCCUGUAAGAUAACAAACCUGACGAACACCAGGGCUCCUCUGCCAGCAGCUGUCGAGUGAGUUGGAUCAGAACCAGACGGAGGGAGCUGCAGCCCGGUUCUCUCUGCAGCUCUUUCCGUCGCAUGUUGGAGCCACAGGUGACAGGAAACACCUGAGCAGCGAUGGCCCCCAGCUUGGCCCUGGCGUACAGGCGGAGGUGGUGGAUGGCCGUCACCGCCAUCUUUGAGAACCUGUUCUUCUCUGCGGUUCUGCUGGGAUGGGGUUCUCUGCUCAUCAUGCUGAAGAGCGAAGGCUUCUACUCCCACCUCUGCACAGAGAACCUGACAGGAGCCCCCAAUGAAACCUUCAUUUACUACAACGGCUGGCCGAGCUGCAUCGAACAGGAGGAGGUCCUGAAUCUGGGCUUCACCAUCGGCUCCUUCCUGCUGAGCGCCGCCACCAUGCCGCUGGGUCUGCUGAUGGACAGAUUUGGGCCCCGCCCUGUCAGGCUCGUGGGAAGUUCCUGCUUUGCAGCUUCCUGUGCGGUGAUGGCGGCCGCCGCCUACAACCCCAGAGUCUUUUCCAUCCUCAUCUUCCUCGCUGUCUGCCUCAACGGCUUUGGAGGAAUCUGCUUGACCUUCACCUCUCUGACACUGCCGAACAUGUUUGGGAACAUCCGAUCCACCAUCCUCUCCCUGAUGAUCGGAUCCUACGCCUCUUCAGCCGUCACCUUUCCUGGUGUCAAGCUGAUCUAUGACCUUGGAGCGUCGUUCCGGGUCAUCAUGUGGGUUUGGACCGGCCUGGCCUGCAUGGUCAUCCUCAACUGUCUGCUGAACUGGCCCGGCGAAUCCUUUCCUGCUCCUGAAGACAUCAGAUACACGAAGAAGCUCCGGCUGGACAGGGUGGUGUCCGAGGACCGGUUGACCGGGGACAGGUACGUCACCCACCUGACCGUCAUGACGGACACCGUGGGGGCCAGGAAGCAGGACUGUGAGCAGCGAGACCCCCAAAGCAAAGGCAACGCCUCGGUGCCGCUCUGCCGUUCUGUGUGUUCCCCCAUCUUCCUGUGGAGCGUGGUCACCAUGGCGAUCACCCAGCUCAGGGUCAUCUUCUUCAUGGGAGCGAUGAACAAGAUGCUGGAGUUCCUGGUCAUUCAUGGUGACCCCCACCCCUCAGAGGAGCUGCAGAGGGAGGCAGAGGAGCAAGUCGGGUUCUACUCGUCCGUCUUCGGCACGAUGCAGCUGCUGUGUCUGGUGACGUGUCCUCUCAUCGGUUACAUCAUGGACUGGAGGAUGAAGGAGUGUGAGGAGGAGAGUCCCAGCAGGAGCAAAUCAGAUCCUCCAACCAGAGACAAAAAGAUCCAAAAGCUGACCAACGCCAUCACGGCGUUCAUCUUCACCAACCUCCUCCUGGUCGUCUUCGGGGUCAUUUCUCUGAUCGACAACCUGCCCGUCCAGCUGGGGGCCUUCGUGCUGCACACCAUGGUGAGGGGCUUCAUCCACUCCUGCUGUGGGGGCCUGUACCACGCCGUGUACCCGUCCAACCACUUUGGGUCUCUGACAGGAAUGCAGUCAAUGAUCAGCGCCGCCUUCGCCUUACUCCAGCAGCCGCUCUUCAUGCUGAUGGUGGGACACCUGAACGGAGACCCCCACUGGAUCAACGUGGGGCUCCUGGUCCUGUCCCUAGCCGGGUUCCUGCUGCCGUGUUACCUGUUCCAGCACCGCCGGAGCCUGCUGAAGGUGCAGGCGGCCCGGACUCUGAUGCCCUCCAGCCAGUCCGAGAGCGAAAUGGCUCUUCUGAUCCAGACGGACGCCAGGACGGCGGCGGGCCAGGUCAACGGCCUCUUGGAGGUUGAAGAGGCGUCCAGCGGGUUAACGGCGUAACGCCGCCGACUCCAAAGGACUUUUCAUGAGGAGCGAGUCUCUGUUUCCAACGGAGCGGUGGCCUCAGCGCCGGGGACGUUUGCCCCGCCUCCUUCCUCAUGAAAAUGACAAUCAGCACAGAAUUAGAGUUUUCAAUGGAACUUCUCUCAGCCAGACGGCAAAUAGAAAGUUCCAGGAAGCUGUCCCUGCCAAAAUAAAAGCAUGAAAUCCGCUCCGGUGAUUCAGAUUGUGAAACCAGGAGUCUGAGGGUUUUCUCCAGGUCAUGAACGGACAGUUCCCAACUCGAUUUCCACUCAGCCCCAGAGCUGAAGCUUGUUGCAGCAGCAGGCAGAAGGGGGGGGGGGGGGGGGGGGGUCCCAUCAGCUCAGAGGAUCUGGGCCACUUCAGCAGGUCCUCCUUUUCCCUGGAGCUGGGAGACUCUGUGCAGGGGCAGAACCAGAACCAGAACUCUGAUGGUAAAGAUGUGGCGGGCGAUGGAGCAGCGGUUCUGAAGGGGUCAGAUGCAGACUGGAGCUUCCUGACACCAGACGGGUUUUUAUCGAAUGUGUUUGGAUCAACCCUCAAACCGGCGCUGCGUCAGUUUUUGUUCAUCUGUAAUGUAGAAGAAGACUUUGCUAAAUUUGUCUGCGCUUUUUCCUGAUAAUUGUUUCAACUGUUUUUUCUUGAUAUUUUUCUUUGUGGUUGAGCUGAAUUUGCUUAGAAUUGUUUAAAAAAGUGUGUGUUGCUUUCAGUGACUUCUGUUUUUUUGCUCCAUCGAUGUGGUAAAUGUGGACUGACAGGAUUUGUGAGCAUUAUUCAAAAUUAAACAUAAAAAGUGUUUUAAUCAUAAA